AUGACUGUCUACGCAUUUUACAUUUUUGACCGCCAUGCUGAAUGCAUCUACAAACGUCGCUGGGAAGGUCGACCGACAUCAAUCAGCGGCAAAUCCUCUCUUUCCACUUUGCAACUACAGCAGGGGAGCAAUGCAGGUCCCGGAGGAACAUCACGAAGUGCCGACGAUGACGCCAAGCUGAUUUUCGGAACGGUCUUUUCGUUACGGAAUAUGGUACGCAAAUUGGGCGGAGAAGAUGAUAGUUUUAUUUCCUACCGUACCUCGCAAUAUCAGUUACACUUUUACGAAACGCCCACCAACAUCAAGUUUGUCAUGCUCACCGAUCUAAAGUCCCCCAGUAUGCGCAUUGCGUUGCAACAGAUAUAUGUGAAUCUUUAUGUGGAAUACGUGGUCAAAAACCCGCUCUCUCCUGUUGAACAUCCCGGCGGACUUGGGGUUAAUAACGAGCUAUUCGAAGAGUCUCUGGAACAGUUUGUUACUCGGGUUCUUUCUUGA